ACAUCUCUAAGCGUGUCAAAAACUAUUUUUUUUUGCGAAAACAUUUGGCUAAACGGCGAUAUUGAUCAUAAACAAAUCUCAUGCGUGGGCGUUCCUAAAGAAACCGCGCUCAACUCCGCUCUUGGUCAAUCGAGGCCCACAAACGAAGCGAACGAAAGACGCAAACGACGUCCGAAGCGAAACGAACCGGCAAACGGCUACCCAACCAGGUUCACCCCAUGCGCGAGACAGAGAGGGAAAUAGAGGAAUCUUCGCAGCUCACGAAAAAGUCAUCAAUUAUAUUUAGGCCAUGAAGAAUGUGCUGAUGGUGGCGGAGAAGCCCUCGCUGGCCGCCUCCCUGGCCACGAUCCUCUCCAACGGACGCUGUACGGUGAAAAGAGGGACUGGCAAUGGCUGCUCCACCCACGAGUGGACCGGCACCUUCCGCAACGAGGGCGCCGUCCAUUUUCGCAUGACGUCGGUGUGCGGCCAUGUGAUGUCAUUGGAUUUCACUAGCAAAUACAACUCCUGGGACAAGGUGGACCCCGUGGAGCUCUUCGGUUGUCCCACCGAGAAGAAGGAGACCAGCCCCAAGCAGCAUAUGCGCACGUUCCUGGCGCACGAGGCACGCGGCUGCGACUAUCUGGUCCUCUGGCUCGAUUGCGACAAGGAGGGCGAGAACAUUUGUUUUGAGGUGAUGGAUGCUGUCCAGGGUGUCAUUAGUAACGUGUAUAGCAAGCAGGUUACAUAUCGGGCUCACUUCUCGGCCAUCACCGACAAGGAUAUCAAGGGGGCCAUGGAGACGCUGGGCCAUCCCAACGAGAACGAGGCCAAGUCUGUGGAUGCCCGCCAGGAGCUGGAUCUGCGCAUCGGCUGUGCCUUUACCCGGUUCCAAACGAAGUUCUUCCAGGAUCGCUACGGCGACCUGGUCUCACUCAUCUCAUACGGCCCCUGUCAGACGCCCACCUUGGGCUUUUGUGUGAAGCGGCACGACGAUAUACAGACCUUUAAGCCGGAGAGCUUUUGGUACUUGCAGAUGCUCGCCGGCCAGCCGGAGUUUACGCUGGAGUGGGGCCGUGGACGCGUUUUCAAGAAGGACAUUGCCAUCAUGCUGCUGAAUCGCGUCAAGGAGCACAAGGAGGCCACCGUGGAGAGCGUCAGCAGUAAGGAGGCGUUCAAGAGCAAACCGCUAGCCCUCAACACCGUCGAACUAAUGCGAAUCUGUAGCUCGGGCCUGGGCAUUGGUCCGUUCCAGGCGAUGCAAAUAGCCGAGCGUCUGUACACCCAGGGAUAUGUCAGUUAUCCACGCACGGAGACCAACCAGUAUCCGGAGAACUUUGAUUUGCCCGCAGUGCUGCGUGUGCUGCAGCCAUCCGGGGACUUUGGGGAUGAGGCCCGCUUGAUUCUGGGUGACAUCCAGGCGCCGCGCAAGGGCAAAGAUGCCGGCGACCAUCCACCGAUCACGCCCAUGAAGCUGGCCAACAGCAGCGACUUUGAUCGCGACACCUGGCGUGUCUACGAGUACAUCUGUCGCCAUUUCAUGGGCACCUUGUCGCGGGACCUGAAGUACCGCACGACAACGGCCAAGCUAAAGGUGGGCAUCGAGACGUUUUCGUGCACCGCCAAUGUUCUGCUCGAUCAGGGCUACACCAAGGUGAUGACCUGGCUGGCCUUUGGACGCGACGAACCGAUGCCGCCCUUCGUCCAGGGCACCCAGGUGGCCAUCAACGAUGUCCGACUGGCCGAGAGUCAAACGGGUCCGCCCGACUAUCUGACCGAAGCAGAGCUGAUCACCCUCAUGGAGCAGCACGGUAUCGGUACGGAUGCCUCCAUACCGGUGCACAUUAAUAACAUUUGCCAGCGCAAUUAUGUGAAAAUCGAGAACGGUCGCAAGCUGAUACCGACAACGCUGGGGACUGUGCUGGUCCAUGGCUAUACGAAGAUCGAUCCGGAGCUAGUGCUGCCGACUAUGCGCUCGGAGGUGGAACGCAUGCUGACGCUGAUUGCCAAGGGUUCGGCCGACUUUCAGGAUGUGCUGCGGCAUGCAAUCACCAUAUUCAAGCUCAAGUUUAUGUAUUAUGUGAAGAAUAUUGCCAGCAUGGAUGCCCUCUUUGAGGUGUCCUUCUCGCCGCUGGCCGAGUCGGGGAAGGCGCAUUCACGAUGCGGCAAAUGUCGUCGCUACAUGAAGUACAUUCAGACGAAACCCGCUCGCCUGCAUUGCUCGACCUGCGAUGAGACCUACUCUCUGCCCAAUGGCAAUGUGAAGGUGUAUCGCGAGUUCAAGUGCCCGCUGGAUGACUUCGAGCUGCUGGCCUUCUCGACGGGCGUCAAGGGGAAGUCGUUCCCCUUUUGCCCCUACUGCUACAACCAUCCGCCGUUUAGCGAUAUGCCAUCUCUGGGUGGGUGUAACACCUGCACCCAUGCCACCUGUCCCCACUCCCUCAACACGCUGGGCAUUUCAGGGUGCGUGGAAUGCCCCACUGGCAUCCUUGUACUGGACAGCACCCUGGCCCCCACCUGGAAGUUGGGCUGCAAUCGCUGCGACGUGAUCAUCAAUUGCUUCAAGGGAGCCACAAAGAUCACAGUGGAAGAGGCCAAGUGCCAGGAGUGCGGCGCCCAGCAGGUCAAUGUCGUGUACAAAUCGGACAAGUCAAAGUUCAAGGAUGGCACCGAGGAGAAGAUCGGCUGCGUCUUCUGUUCCAGCGACUUCUCCCAUCUGGUGGAGAAGCAUCGGGCUGUGGCUUCCAGGCCCGUGCGCAGCGGCGGGCCGCGUGGUGGCAAGGGUGGGCGCGGUGGUGCCGCCGGUGCACCUGGGGUUGUUGCUGCUGGCGGGGAAGCGGCUGCUGGCGGCAGAGGUGGGGGUGGUGGGCGCGGCGGACGGGGCCGUGGACCACCCAAGGACAAGAUGGCCCAACUGGCGGCGUAUUUCGUUUAAGUGGAUCGAUCAUCUGUGGGAACAGAGCAUCGAAACGGAAGGGGGGGCUCUAGAUUGCAUUUACCACAAAAGAAAUCCGAAUAAAAGAAGCGAAAUUUGUAUACAUU